GUUGGGGGUGGUAUCUUAAUUCAAAGAACUCUCCCUCUAGAAAGAAUUGAAGAGGGACUCGGAUGUGUGCUGGAGAUGGGUGAAACCCUGACAACUUUAUGCCACUCACUGACGCACGUGAGGGUGUGCUGAUUACCAUUUCGUUUGGGCUCAUGGUAACUCGCUGAAGUUGGGAAGUUUCAAGCUAUAGAUCGCAGUAGGCAGACAACUGGUGGACGGUAGAGUACAUGAGGGCAUUCCGUUACUACACUUGCAGAGCGCAUGGAUUACAUAUAAAACCAGUGUCGAUUUCACUACAUCUCCGGGGAAAGUUAUUUGAGAAGAGUAUUUUCAGGAGACAUGGACAGCCUCGCUUCCGUGCCAGAGGAGUUCCUUUCAGCCUGGAUUGAUGUUGGAUUUACCCCGGGUUCCAAACGCUCACCACCUGUGACUGGAGGGAGAUAGGUCCAUUGUUAAAGGAAAAAAGUUAUGACAUGAAUCUACAACCGCUGAGCAUUUCUAUAUGGCUCAUUUUCCUCAACAGCAUGAACUUGGAAUCAUAAGAGCGGAUAGCCAUCACCGAGUAUCGCUUUGGUGACAUACGCGAUUGUAGAUUGAAUUACGCUCAUAAUUACAUUCUCAAAUGAAAGUCUAUUUUCAUUCUACUUUGUCGUUUCUUAUUCAAUCAUUCAGCGUAUCACUCUGUUAACUACGUAACAGGACCGGGGAGAGAGAGCCCCUCUGCCACUUAUUUUGCCUGUGAAACGGGCACCGGUUUCGGAAUGUGGGGUGGAGGUUUCCCAAUGUCUGUCACAGUGGUUGUGACCUUACUCCUGGCAAUUAUCGAUGUGAAGGCCAGCGGGGAAUAUUGUCACGGUUGGCACGACACGCAGGCUACCUGGAGAGAUGGAUUUCAGUGUCCAGAAAAGUUCGAUGGUGGUGAUGCCAUUAUCUGCUGCGGGAAAUGCGAACUGCGUUACUGCUGCUCUAGUACGGACGCACGGCUAGACCAAGGGACCUGUGACAACGAUAAGCAGCCGCAGGAACCUGGCACCGACAGCAAAGAGAACAAGGAUACGAGCGCAGUGCCCAUCUACGUGCCCUUCCUGAUCGUGGGCUCGGUGUUCGUGGCCUUCGUCCUGGUGGGCUCUGUGGUGGCGGUGUGCUGCUGCCGCUGCCUGCGGCCCAAGCAGGAGCUGUCGUCUGGGGGCAGCGGGGGCAGCGGGGGGCGCCUGCUGGAGACCAUCCCCAUGAUGGGCACCUCCAGAGGCUCCUCCUCCCGCCAGUCAAGCACGGCCACCUCGUCCAGCUCGUCCGCCCCGCCCGCCGCCCCCCGCCAGGCUCCCCCUCCCAUGAUGCGUGCCCAGGCCUCCUGCUGCCUCCCUCCGGACGCCAGCGUCUUCGUCAACAUGCCCACCAAUUUCUCUGUCCUCAACUGCCAGCAGGCCACCCAGAUAAUGCCCCACCAGGGCCAGUUCCUGCACCCCCAGUACAUCGGCUAUGCCCAUCCCAUUGCCUCACCUCAAGCCUUCAUGGACCCCACCCAGGGGGGGUACAGACAACUCCAGUCCCCCUUCCCUCCUCCCACCAGUGUGGCCAGCGUCACCAGUGAGCAGAAGUACCCUCCUGUGACAGUCUGAAAACACAUGCGGGACACUGUGCAACUGACGGACCUUGUGAGGACCUUGUGCCAACAGGAGAGUGUGGGAGAGAGGUUGUGAGGACUUUGGGAGCUGGCCACUGUGGACAUUUCGAGCUUGCCAGCCAGGGAAGGGAAUAAUAUGGAGUCAGACUCACAUGAAGUACUUGUAAAAGUGUCGCUCAGAUUGGUGUGACUUGCCGUAAUGUGCCGUGAGUGUUCUGUGUGAUCUCCUGGUUAGUUUUGAACUCAGGGUCCAAUUCUGAGCUUCUUCUUGUCCCAUUUCAGUCCAGGGUUAGAUGAAGCAGGGAACCAAUAAGACAUCAACCAUGCAUCCAGCAUUCAAAGACAACAAAAUAGCUUUUGUACUGUAUGUGUAUGUCAUGUUUCAUGUUGUGUGUGUAAGGAAUAGGGCUGAGGGUGCUUUGUGCGUGUGAGAACAGGAAACAUAAACGGUUGUAUUCUAUACUGUCUAUGUAUGCGACCAGUUUCUAUCGAAACAUGAUUGUGUUACAGCGAAUUCGGAGAGAAUGGAUACGUUAACAGAUGUGUGUGUGUGAGAGAAUGAGAGUGCGUGUCUAAGGAUGUGUGUAUAAAAGUGUGAGUAGUGUGUAAUGGGAAAUGCAGGUGGUGUGAUGUGAAAGGCAGCCUCUCUCCCUGAAGGCCGCUUAAAUGCUAAUGAAGUGAACACAGGACAUGGACUGUGACGCUCCCCCCUUACACACAUACACAUUACCCAUACACACACUCUUCUGAACCACUGCCCUGAGAGAAAACACACACACACAGUAUACACAAGAGAACCCCAAAAUCAAAAUACACAAAUACUCACGCAAUGACUGGGUAAUAAAUGUACCUCAAAAAAGUGUGUCGGUGCGUUUGUGUUGUGAGAGUGGGCUUUCUCCCUGUGUAGCUGAAACCGGCAGCCCUUGAAGAUUGCAGAGUUAAUUAUGCAGUAAAAACUGUCUGCCAACUGUUCCCCCUCACUAAGUCUCCCUCCUGUCAGAGGGGUGUGUGUGUGUUGACUCUCCCUCUGUGCCAUGUAGUCGUGGAAGUUACUGGACUUGAGUAUUCCAGUGCAUUUCCAACAUUUUGAGUUAUUCGCUUUACGCCAGCCCCAGUAGUAGACCAGGAGAGGGAGAGCCGCAAAGCCGAGGCUGUCUGCCAUGUUGUGUGACCGGUCUUAAAGGUGCCCUCUCGGCUUUGAAGGCUCUUCAUUCAUUCUUUGCCCUGGUCUAUGUCUGGUGCUGGACAACACAGCCAUUCAAAGAUAUGUUUUAUUUAACUGGUAACUAUCAGAAAUGUUCCGUAACAAAGUGUUCAUUCUGUUUGUCAUCUAAUUGAAUCACAAUGUCUGUAUGAUGGGCAGUGUGAGUGUGUUGGUGUGUGUGUAACAAGGUAUGUGACCUGAGUUCCAAUGUGUUCCUGCGCUCUGUGAAACACAGGGAGUGCAGUUUUUCAUAAGAAUUAUAAUAAAUGACUAUAACACAGAA